UUUCUUCCCAAAAACACUGUCAUAUCUCCUCUUCUUCAUUUCCCAAUCAUAAUUCUGCUUUUUCAGAUUUUUCUUUGAGGACUUUUCACAAACAUUUGAUGGACGCUUGUCUCUCGCACCACAAAAUCCCCAAUUUCUCCAUCUCUCCGAAGCCCUCGAUUGGCCAUUCUUUGUUACGACAGUCCACUCUCAAUUUCCGUACCUCUGGUUUCAGAAUCAGACCCUUGACGGUCAUCGCCAGCGCUGGCCCGAGCCACUGCCAGUUCAGCAACCUGAACUCGCCCCUGGAGCCGCGGACCCCGGCAGGGAAGGAUCUCAUCGGCGUUUUGCAGAAUCAUCCGCAGCUGUUUCACCUUGCCGUUGCCGAUGAACUCAAGCAGUUGUCUGAUGAUCGAGAUCACGCUCUCAAUCGGAUGGUCCUCACCGCAGGAUCCCCUGACGCCUGCCUUCACAGGAGGAUCGCUCAAAUGAAGGAGAAGGAAUGCCAGUUUGCAGUUGAGGAUAUCAUGUAUCUGUUAGUCUUCUACAAAUUUUCUGAGAUCAAAGUUCCUUUGGUUCCAAAACUUUCCCAAUGCAUAUACAAUGGAAGACUGGAGAUAAGGCCUUCAAAAGACUGGGAGCUUGAAUCAAUCUACAGCUUUGAUGUUUUGCAGAUUAUAAGGGAUCAUGUUGCUGCAGUCAUUGGAUUGAGAGCAAACUCUAGUGUCACAGACAACUGGGCAAUCACAACAAUUGCUAGAUCUGCACUUCGCCGAAAAUAUGUGUCCUCCAUCUUAUAUGGCUACUUCUUGAAGUCUGCUCUAUUGAGGCUCCAAUUAGAGCAAUGUGUGGCUUUAGACAGCCAAGAUCUUCCCCCAAGGCAGAGGGCCUCUAUUCAGCACCAUGGAAUAAAAAGUCUUCUGUUUUAUCGCAUCAGCAGCAUGAGAUCCGAGUCACAGAGUCUAGGGUUAACCAGUCAGGAGAAGCAGCCUGUUGAUGAUUUGAAGUGUUACGUGAUGGGUUUCGAUCCUGAGACAUUACAGAGAUGUGCAAAAUUGAAGUCUAAGGAGGCCACAAAUUUGAUUGAAAAUCACAGUCGUGCUCUUUUUGGGGAUGAGAAAACUGGCUCACUCGAGGCUGACGAGGUUAUCUUGACCUCAUUUUCGAGCCUGAAGAGGCUGGUGUUAGAGGCUGUUGCUUUUGGAUCGUUUCUUUGGGACACAGAGGAAUGCAUCAACACUGUCUAUAAGCUAAACGAGAACUGACUGGUGGAAAGAAGAGCCUUUUUUGUACAAAACCCGAGCCAUGACCGUGAGAUGCUUUGAGGAGCUCACUUGUGUAAAUAGAACGAUCCUCGCCAUGCUUGGACUCUGCGUUGAAGGAGAGCUUUCGCAGAUUUACCCUUGUACAGAGUAUUUUAGUAUAUAGUUUUUAAAGCAUAAUGUGCCCAAGACUAAGAGUAAGAGGCACCAGCUCAGUGUGUGGUUCUAAACUCAUUAUCCUGCCAAUGUGAAUUCUAUUCUCUUCACCACUUUGCUUGUAUGGCUAAUUACAAAGGGUUCUUAGUAGGAGCUGGUGAUGUGUUUAAUUAAGAUCCUUGACUGAGGGUUGGCUUAAGCUUUUUUCCCUAAUCAAUAAGAGAAAUCAGAUCUGUGUUUUUGGUGCA